AUUUCCUCUCCAAAAAAAAAAAAAAAAAAAAAAAAAACAGAGGAGAGAGAAAAUGCAACUCUUCUCUUCUUCAUCAUCAUCUUCAACCUCAACUUCAACCACAAUUUUCUUGAAUUCUUCAAAGCAGUCCUCCAAAGCUAGAUUAUUUCCAAUCAAAUCCCUACAAUCUCCUCCUUCGAACCUCACUGUACCUUCCUACACCUCCUCUUCUUCAUCUUAUUCCAACAAUGAGGUCUCCCCUGUUUUACAGGAACCCAAACUCGAUGAGGUUUCAUCGAGGAGAGAGAAUUUGGAGCAACUCCUUGUUCGCCGUCCGAUGAUUCAAUCGGACGGCGGAGAUGAGGAGAGAGAAAAUGAAGUCGAAGGUGGUGGAAGUAGCAGUGAUGAUGAGGAUGAGGAGGAGGAAGAAGAGAAGUCGGCGUUGGAUCGGAGUUUGGAGAAGUUUGCGAAGAAAUUGCCGAUAUUUGAACCGGGUAGAGGUGAAGAAGGGGAUGAAAAUGGUGAAGUUAUUGAGAAGCCAUUGAAGAUUAAUUUGGAUUUGGCUUUGUAUAAAGCUAAGAUUUUAACUAGGAAUUUUCAGUUUGAUGAUGCUGAAAAUAUACUACAACAGUGUAUAUACUAUUGGCCUGAAGACGGGAGGCCAUAUGUGGCAUUGGGGAAGGUACUGAGGAAGCAAUCAAGAAUAACUGAAGCAAGGGCUGUUUAUGAAAAAGGCUCUCAGGCUACUCAGGGUGAAAACCCUUAUAUCUGGCAGUGUUGGGCUGUGCUAGAAAGUGACUUGGGAAAUACAAGGAAAGCGAGAGAACUAUUUGAUGCGGCUACAGUUGCUGAUAAGAAGCACAUUGCAGCGUGGCAUGGGUGGGCAGUUUUGGAGCUAAAACAAGGUAAUAUUAAGAAGGCUAGGAAUCUUCUUGGCAAAGGUAUUAAAUACUGUGGUGGAAAUGAGUAUGUAUACCAGACUCUCGCGUUGCUUGAAGCUAAGGCUAAUCGCUAUGAGCAGGCCAGCUACUUGUUUAGACAAGCAACAAGGUGUAAUCCCAAAAGUUGUGCUAGUUGGCUUGCCUGGGCACAGUUAGAGAUGCAGCAGGAAAACAAUCAAGCUGCAUGUUAUUUGUUUGAGAAAGCUGUUCAGGCUAGCCCAAAAAACAGGUUUGCCUGGCAUGUAUGGGGGCUAUUUGAGGCUAAUCUUGGAAACAUUGACAAAGCAAGAAAAAUUCUAAAAAUAGGUCAUCUUGUAAACCCGAGGGAUCCAGUACUUCUUCAGUCUCUUGCUUUGCUGGAGUACAGGCACUCCACUGCAAAUGCUUCCAGGAUUUUGUUCAAGAGGGCAUCCGAGUUGGAUCCUAGGCACCAACCCGUAUGGAUUGCCUGGGGUUGGAUGGAAUGGAAGGAAGGUAAUAUAUCCACUGCAAGAGAGCUGUACCAGAAAGCUCUAUCUAUCAACUCAACGACAGAAAGUGCUGCUCGUUGCCUUCAGGCGUGGGGUGUUCUGGAGCAAAAAGUUGGAAACCUGUCUGCAGCUAGGAGAUUAUUCAGAUCGUCUCUUAACAUAAAUUCACAAAGCUAUGUGACAUGGAUGACUUGGGCUUCUUUGGAGGAGGAUCAAGGAAACUCUGUGCGUGCUGAGGAAAUCCGUAACCUCUACUUCCAGCAGCGCACAGAAGUAGUAGAUGAUGCCUCCUGGGUGAACGGGUUUCUAGACAUCAUUGAUCCAGCACUCGAUAGCAUAAAGAGACUCUUGAAUUUAGAGCAGGAUCCAUUUGGAAAGACCCCAGAUUCAUCAGAAGUCAAGGACACUGAUGAAGGAUCAUCGCCCUCAUCAGAGGUAAAAGAUGCUAGGUAUAAGAGUGGUUUUGACUUGGAUUCAUUCAUCAAAGAAAAAUUUUCCCUUGACCCAAACAAACUCGAUGACCAAAUGGAAACAUCAUUGUUGUCCAUAGCAAAAAGUAAGGAACAAAGAACUGCAUUCAGACCAAGGCAAAGAUACAAAUAGUUGUUGCCUUGGAAAAAUUUGAAGUCCAUAAUCUUGUUCUGUAUAGUAUGAAAAGAAAAAUUCAUUUCAUGAGCUGUGUAUACAUUGUAAUGAAACAGAAAAAUCUAUUCUUGUUACUGGAGAACAUAGUCGCGUUAUAACAAAAUUCCAUUUUAUUGAGGCAA